AUGGCCCCAAUCAUCCCCUCCCACGAACGCCCCGAACCAGGCUCAAUCAACAUCCCCCUAGGAAAAUUCCCCGAAACAUCAAGCACAACACCACCCGACCCAUCCAUCAUCGCAUCCAAAACAAUCACAUCCCUCAACACCGCCCUGACCGACCCCAACAAAUCCGCCCUAAAAACCCUCUUCCUAGAAAACAGCUACUGGCGCGACCACCUAGCCCUAACCUGGGAUUUCCGCACCAUCCACGGCGCCGAAAAGAUCACCGAAUACGCAACCGCGCAUUCCAAGGUCCACGGCAUUGAAUUCUUCGUUAAGAUCGCCGCGCCGAAUGGGCUUGCCCACGGCGUGAUUCGACUCGCGGAGGAAAAUGGCGAAUGGAAGAUUUUCACCGUCUUCACUUCCCUGGUGCAAGGCGGGAAGGCCGAGGUCAAGAGGGAGGAAGGCGUUCAGCAUGGUGAGGUGAAGGGGAGGAAGAAUUGGGCCGAUCGGAGGACCGAGGAGAGCGAGUAUACGGAUCAUUCGCCUGCUGUUCUUGUUGUUGGAGCCGGCCAAGCAGGACUAACUAUAUCCGCGCGUCUGAAAAUGCUCAAUAUCGACGCACUGGUUAUUGAUCGCGAGGACGCUGUUGGCGAUAGUUGGCGGAAACGCUAUCACCAGCUUGUUUUGCAUGAUCCCGUUUGGUUCGAUCAUAUGCCUUACCUGCCCUUCCCGGCGCAUUGGCCGAUCUUCACGCCGAAGGAUAAGUUGGCCGAGUUCUUUGAGAGUUAUGUUAAGUUGCUCGAGUUGAAUGUUUGGACGCGCGCGGAGGUCAAGUCUGCGUCUUGGGAUGCGGGGAAGAAGAUCUGGACUGUUGUUGUUGAGCGGUCGAGGGGGGAUGGGCUUGUUGAGAGUCGGACUUUGCACCCUGCGCAUAUUGUCCAGGCGACGGGACACUCUGGGGAGAAGAAUUUGCCUGGUUUUAAGGGGAUGGAGGGGUUCCUUCGGAGUGGAGGGGGGGCUCGGGGAGAUGGUGCUGGUAAGAAGGCUGUUGUUGUGGGCGCUUGUAAUAGUGCGCAUGAUAUUGUUCAGGAUUACUGUGAGAAGGGGUGGGAUGUUACGAUUGUUCAGCGGAGUUCUACGUGUGUUGUUUCGUCGGAGUCGAUUGUUAAUAUUGGGUUGAAGGGGCUUUAUGAGGAGGGGGGACCGCCGACUGAGGAUGCGGAUCUUUAUUUGUGGAGUAUCCCGCCGCCGCUUUUUAAAGUGCAGCAGAGGAAGGUUACACAGGCGAUGAAUGCGAAUGAUGCAAAGACUAUUGAGGGGCUGGAGAAGGCUGGGUUCAAGGUCGAUCGGGGACCCAUGGAUGCCGGGUUAUUGGUGAAAUAUCUCCAGCGUGGCGGGGGGUAUUAUAUUGAUGUUGGAGCGAGUCAGUUGAUCGUUGAUGGCAAGGUUAAGGUUAAGCAUGGACAGGAGAUCAGCGAGGUGUUGCCUAAUGGGCUUCGCUUUGGGGAUGGGUCGGAAGUGCAGGCAGAUGAAAUUGUGUUUGCCACUGGGUAUCAGAAUAUGCGGACGCAGGCGAGGGCCAUCUUUGGCGAUGAAGUCGCUGAUCAGGUCGGUGAUGUUUGGGGUUGGGACGAAGAGGGUGAGAUGCGUACUAUUUGGCGCAGUACAGGCCAUCCUGGAUUCUGGUUUAUGGGUGGUAACCUCGCCCUUUGCCGGUACUAUUCCCGACUGCUGGCGUUGCAGAUUCAGGCAACAAUCGAGGGAUUGAAUUAA